AUGGGAGAGAAGAGGGGGGCAGCAGAAGGUGAGGCAGCAGAAGGCGAGGCAGCUGAAGGUGAGGCAGCAAAAGGUGAGGCAGCAGAAGGUGAGGCAGCAGAAGGUGAGGCAGCAGAAGGUGAGGCAGCAGAAGGUGAGGCAGCAGAAGGUGAGGCAGCAGAAGGCGAGGCAGCAGAAGGUGAGGCAGCAGAAGGUGAGGCAGCAGAAGGUGAGGCAGCAGAAGGUGAGGCAGCAGAAGGUGAGGAGAAGGUGAGGCAGCGGAAGGUGAGGCAGCGGAAGGUGAGGCAACGGAAGCGCCUCACCCGCUGCUCGCAUCACCCGCUGCUCGAAUCACCCGCUACUUGCAUCACCCGCUGCUCGCAUCACCCGCUGCUCGCAUCACCCGCUGCUCGCAUCACCCGCUGCUCGCAUCACCCGCUGCUCGCAUCACCCGCUGCUCGCAUCACCCGCUGCUCGCAUCACCCGCUGCUCGCAUCACCCGCUGCUCGCAUCACCCGCUGCUCGCAUCACCCGCUGCUCGCAUCACCCGCUGCUCGCAUCACCCGCUGCUCGCAUCGCCCGCUGCUCGCAUCGCCCGCUGCUCGCAUCGCCCGCUGCUCGCAUCGCCCGCUGAUCGCAUCGCCCGCUGCUCGCAUCACCCGCUGCUCGCAUCACCCGCUGCUCGCAUCACCCGCUGCUCGCAUCGCCCGCUGCUCGCAUCACCCGCUGCUCGCAUCGCCCGCUGCUCGCAUCGCCCGCUGCUCGCAUCACGCGCUGCGCGCCUCACCCGCGACUCGCCUCACGGGCUGCGUGCCUCACGCGCUGCGCGCCUCACUCGUUGCGCGCCUUACGCACUGCUCGCCUCACACGCUGCUCGUCUCACGCGCUGCUUGCCUCACACGCUGCUCGUCUCACGCGCUGCUCGCCUCACAAGCCACUUCGUUCGUCAAAACGUCUCGCUUUCAUCAGGACCGCCUUCUCUCGUUCGUCCCCCUCAUUUCCCCCCUUCUCCCUCUCAUUUCCCGACCUGGUCCCCCUGAUUUCACCCACUUCUCUCUCUCAUUUCCCCCCUUUCUCCCUCUUAUUACCCUCUCUUCUCCCUUUAAUCUCCCCCUUUCUCCCCCUCAUUUCCUCCCCUUCUCCCUCUCAUUUCCCUCCUCCCUCUCAUUAACCCCCCUUUUCUCUCUCAUUUCCCCCCCUUCUCCCCCUCAUUUCCCCCCCUUCUCCCCCUCAUUUCCCCCCUUCUCCCUCUCAAAUUCCCCCCGACUCGCUCUGAAAUCCCCCUCUUAUCCCUCUCACCCCCCCCCCCUCCCUUCGCCCCCUCAUUCCCCCCCCCCUUCUCGCGUUCAUUUCCCCCCCUUCUCCCCCUCAUUCUGGUAUCGUCCCUCUCAUUUCACGACCUGCCCCCCCUCAUUCCCCCCCCCCUUCUCUCCCUCAUUUCCCCCCUUUCUCCCUCUUAUUACCAUCCCUUCUCCCCCUCAUUUCCCCCCCUUCUCCCCCUCAUUUCCCCCCCUUCUCCCCUCAUUGCUCCCCCUUCUCUCCCUCAUUUCCCCCCUUCUCCCUCUCAAAUUCCCCCCGACUCGCUCUCAAAUCCCCCUCUUAUCCCUCUCACCCCCCCCCCCCUUCACCCCCUCAUCCCCCCCCCUCUUCUCGCCCUCAUUUUCCCCCCUACUCCCUCUCACUUCCACCCUUGCUCCCUCUCAUUUCCCCCCUUGCUCCCUCUCAGCUCCCUCCCUACUCACCAUCGUUCCCCCUCCUGCUCCCUCUCAUUCCCCCCCCCUUCUCCCCCACAUAUCCCCCCUUCUCGUUCUUAAAUCCCCCCCUCAUCCCUCUCAUCCCCUCCCCCCUUCUCCCUCUCAUUUCCCCCUCUUCUCCCUCUCAUUUUCCCCCCUUCUCCCCCUCAUUUCCCCCCCUUCUCAACUCUCCUUUCCCUCCUUGCUCCAUCUCAUUUUUUCUCCCCCUGCUCCCCCUCACUUACCCCCCUUCUCCCUCUCACUUCGCCCUCUUCCCACCCUCAUUCCCGCCCUUCUCCCUAUCAUUCUCCCCCCUACUCCCUUUCAUUUCCCCCUUUAA